GAGGUGACCACUUGCACGCCGACAUAGUCACAAAACUCUUGUGCCGACGCCAAAGUGCUCUGAUGUCCUCUCCGAGCGCAGCACGCGUCCCUCACAAGAGGAAGACCAAGAUGAAGCACUUCGUGCAGCAGAAAGUGGAGGUGUUCCGCGCCGCGGAGCCCGUGUCGAGCGUGCUUAUGUGGGGAGUCAAUCACUCGAUCAACGACUUGAGCCAGGUGCCAGUCCCUGUCAUGUUGCUUCCUGACGAUUUCCGAGCCAGCACCAAGGUCAAAGUCAACCACUACCUCUUCAACAAAGAGAAUCUCCCGGGACUGUUUAAAUUUAAAGAGUACUGUCCACAAGUUUUCAGGAACCUGCGAGAGCGCUUCGGCAUCGAGGACCAAGAUUACCAGGUGUCUCUGGCUCGCAGUCCGCCCCUCAAAGACUGGGAGGGAACAUGUGAGGGCCUGCUGCUUGUGUCAUAUGACCGCACUUUGGUGGUCAAAGAAAUCUCCAGUGAGGAGGUGGCUGAGAUGCACAACAUUCUCUCUGAGUAUCACCAGCAUGUUGUCACCUGUCACGGCUCGACGCUGCUCCCUCAGUUCCUGGCCAUGUACAGAGUCACAGUGGAGAGUGAGGAUAAUUACCUAUUGGUCAUGAGGAACAUGUUCAGCCACAGACUGCAUGUACACUGGAAGUAUGAUCUCAAGGGUUCCCUGGUGUCUCGAGAAGCAACUUUUAAAGAGAAGGUCAAGGAGCUUCCCACCUAUAAGGACAUUGACUUUGUGAACAACAUGCAAAAGGUUUACGUGUGUGACGAGGAGAAAGAGAGGCUCAUGGACAAGCUUAACAGAGAUAUUGAGUUCCUGGUACGUAUGAGGAUCAUGGACUACAGCCUCCUUCUGGGUAUCCAUGACGUGGAAAGGGCUGAGAGAGAGGAGGAGGAGAUGGAAUCAUCUAAUGCUGAAGAAGAGGAAGAUGAAAGCAGCCAAUCUGCAGUUCCAGGCUCCACCUCACCUGAAGGCAUCGCGGGUUACAUGAACUCCUUGAAGCCUAUGGGCCCCGGGGAGUUCGACCCUUACGUGGAUGUGUAUGCUAUCCAGAGCGCCGUAGGCGCUCCUCGGAGGGAAGUGUAUUUCAUGGGUUUGAUUGAUGUGCUGACGCAGUACGACGCCAAGAAGAAAGCGGCUCAUGCGGCCAAGGCUGUCAAACACGGGGCAGGAGCAGAGAUCUCAACAGUUCAUCCAGAGCAGUAUGCUAAGCGUUUCAAGGAGUUUGUCACGAAGAUAUUUGCCUAGCCGACCAAAGAUCAAUCAUGCUUUCACAUAUACAGGAGGAACACUUUUGAACAGGGUCUUAAAAAGGGUUUUCAAUUUGAUUUUCAUGAAUGAAUUAAACUUAAAAUAAAUGUCUCUCAAUUAGAGGUGGGAAUCUUAACGAUUCGAUUACGAUAACGAUUCAGACUCCGAUUCGAUUAUAAAUCGAUUAUUGAUGCCCCCCCAUUUUUAAAUUUUUUUUUUAAAUGUUUUGUAUAUUUGUUCGAAAAUUGUUCAAAAAUCCUCUUUUAAACUACAUUCAAUUAAUUUAAUGUUGUGAAUCAACCGUUAAAGUUGUUAAAAUUGCGCCCGUUAUUCCAUAAUUUCCCUUAUAUCUACUUUCGACAUGUGAAAGUUUUAAAACUGUUUCAUCAUUUAAAGAUAUUCAAGUCAAGAUUUUGCCGAUUUAGGGGUAUUUUAGAUAAAAAGUAAUUAGGUUCUCUACAACAGAGCCUUCUAGAGAAGUCUACUGCUUUAAGAUGGUGCCUGUUUACUAGCGCGGGAAAGUCUGUCAUUUCACAUCUAGUCUAGAUAUAUGUGAUAUCUACCAUAGCCGUAUGUUGCCGUAUGGUUGUAGCAACUAGCAACUGGGCGCUGUUUGCAGCGGCUGACGCCCGCAGUCAGGUAUUACUGUUUUUUUUUUUUUUUA